AUGUUUUACAAUAUAGCUAGAGCCUUCUUGUUACUAUUAACUUUUAUAAGCUACGUAACCCCAGCUAACGUAUUAUUCUUUCUACAUGGCACAAAUCAAUUUGACAGACAUAUAUUUGAGUUUUUGGCUCAACAAAUUGCGUUAAGACAUCAUAACGUAGUCACAGUAAAACCUAUUUUGGUACCAGAAGAGCCAAGGCUAGUCAAGCCGAGAUUGCACUUGGUCAGAGAGAAAAUCAUCAAAAAUACAUUGCCUAAGUAAAUUUAAAGUUGUACUGUAUCUGUAGGCUUCAAUACUGCGUUGAAUCGGUUUUUAUCAAGAUUUUAGGAAAACCUGCAAGGCAUGAACAAUACUUUUCAUAAAUUUUAUAGCGUAACCUUAAUGCAGUUACAGAAAGAAUGUGUAAUUUUAAAGCAACUUGUAAUAAAAAUUUUUAGAGAAUUAUACGGACCAAUUGAAGAUGUUAGCAGCACAGUACCAUGGAACAAAAACUACGAAUUGGACAGUUAUAACGUGCCGUAUUGGGCUGGAUAUAAUGCUUCUUGUUAUAAGGUAAAUCAGAAGAGAUAAAUAUACUAAAGUGUAUGAUGCACCUCAGUUAACAAACUUGAAUGUUCUAAACGUGGCUUGACAUUAACAAAAGUAGCUUUAUAUUACAAUAGAAUUUUAAAAAACGGUACAAUUGUCAAAAUUAAUAUCUUAUGGCAAUCCAAAACGAGCGUAUUUUACAUUUUAGCUGAUCAACAGUAACCUAAUGGAAACUAUAAAACGUGACCAAAUAGAAGUUGCUGUCAUCUACAAUAAUAAUCCCUGUCAACUAGCUAUCGUACAUGCUCUGAGUAUACCUUUUAUCUACUUUGACCUAGAAGGCUUAUCUGACGAAACAAUUAUUGCGUCUGGAAUGCCUUGGAAUCUAAACACUGUUAGUAGUCGUACUACACCGUCAUCAAAGACUGGAGAACUUUAUACUGGACUAGAAUUAGUAAAAGAGAGCUUAUGCCAAUUGGACUUGCCUUUUAUUACUAAUGAGUUAUGUACUCGAGUUCGACUGGUUGAUAAUGCUAUCAGUAAGAUAUUCAGAGAAGACUAUGAUAUCAAAAAAAAAUUCAAACACUUUCCACAUGUUAAUCAGGCAAGUUUUGAUUGUAUGCUUGCGGUUUCAAAUACAGAAUUAAAAAUUUAAAAAUUUUUAAUUAUUUUGGCUAUUUUGGCAUUGUGAUGCAAAAACGUUUUUUUAUAUUUCAGAUAAAAUAGUUUGGUUUUAAUAUUGAUGAUAAUAUUAAUUAAAAUCACAUUUUCAGAUCAAACAAAGUGCUGAGUUUUACUUUGUAAACACAGAUUCUUUACUCGAAUCGGAUCGCUCUUGGCCUAGUAAUGUUGUCCCAGUCGGUGGAACUCAUAUUGAUUUUCCGAAACCUUUGUUUUAUGUAAGUUGUACCAUAGGUCGUUGGGUAAAAUUAAAAUUUUAAAACUUUUUGUAAAAAAUAUUUUAAAACUUUAGAUUUUUUCGCAAUCUUUUAAAUUUUUUUAAAAUUUAAUAAUCACAUUUUUAUUUUUUUUUAUUUGUAAAAUACGUUCACCAGUCCUUCCAUACAAAUAUUUUAGCCUUGGAAUACGUCUAUCUCAUCAGCGCCAGCCGGCUUAAUUCUAGUCCAAUUAGGCGCGAACGUCGAUGGCUCGGCUAUGCCAGAACAUCUUGUUAAAGCAUUUGUCGGAGCCCUAUCUAAACUCACGAAAUACCGAAUUUACUGGAGAAUAGGUACCAAUCUAUACUUGAAGAACGUUGACAUAGACUCACUGCCAUCUCACAUCAAUGUCACGACUUAUAUUCCUCAGAACGAUCUUCUUGCUCAUCGAAGGUGUAAACUAUUGAUUACAAAUGGCGGAAUGUCAAGCAUUAUGGAAGCUCUGACUUAUGGAGUACCUUUAUUGGGGUUGCCUUUGUAUGGAGUUAACUAUAAGAAUCUUUGGAACGUGGAACAGCAAGGGCUUGGGCUGAUGUUGAGAAAGGAUAAGAUUGAUGAGAAGAUCUUGCUACAGACAAUGAAGAAGCUCCUGGACACGCCAAUAUAUAAGAAGAAGGCUGAAGAUGUAGGUUUUUUACUUUAUGGUACAAAAUAGUACUUUAGUAUUGCAGUACGACUUUACUAUUUGAUUGCAAGGAUGUAUACUGUAAUCAUACCUUAAUAUUUUUGAAGAUUUAUUAUUUUUUCUAGUUUAAUUGACCGUAUAUUAUACUAAAUAAAACAUUUUCAGUUCUCCAAAGCCCUAAAAUCUCGUCCAGGUACGGCAUUUGAACGAGUACUUCAUGCUAUAGAGCACGUCGCCAAGCACGGAGCAGCCAAAUUCUAUAAAAACGGUCCGAAGAAGACUGGACUAGCGUUGUAUUUGGAAGUUCAUCAUCUCGACUUUUACCUUAUCGUCAUCUCUGGAUUGUCAUUUUUACUUUUUGUCGCUUUCACCGUUCUUCGAAUGUUCUCUAGAUUCAUGCGCAGAGGUGGUGAUAAUAAAGAGAAGUUAAAGAAACACUAG